GCCAAGCCGUGCGCCAGGCCGACCUCGUGCGGUGCUUCGGUUCUGUGCCUGCGCCCCGGAGCGCUCAGUCCGCAACCCCAGCUCUGCACCGCCCCCUCGGACAGCACACGCGCGAAGAUCAAAGAUCACGCCAUGAACCCCGGCCAGCGCAACGGCGGCAACACGCAGAAGGGCGGCCGAGCUGGCAGCUGCAGCGGGGGUCGCCCCGCGACGGCAGUAGGGGCUUGGGCGGUGAGCGCGCUGUGCCUGUUGCUUUCCGUGGGCUCAGCGGCCGCCUGUCUGCUGCUGGGCGCCCAGGCGUUGGCGCUGCAGAGCCGGGUGGCAGCGCUCGAGGAGGAGCGGGAGCUGCUGCGGCGCACAGGGACCCCGGGCGCCUUGACUACCUGGGCCGAGCCGCACCUGGAGCGCCUGCUGCGAGAGAAGUUGGAGGGACUAGUCAAGCUCCGGACUGUUCGAGAAGCACCGACUGAAUGUGUCUGCCCGCCAGGGCCCCCUGGACGGCGUGGCAAGCCUGGACGAAGAGGCGAUCCUGGUCCUCCAGGGCAAUCAGGACGAGAUGGCUACCCGGGGCCAUUGGGUCUGGAUGGAAAGCCAGGACUUCCAGGCCCCAAGGGGGAAAAGGGUGCACCGGGAGACUUUGGCCCCCAGGGAGACCAAGGGCAAGAUGGAGCUGCUGGGCCUCCAGGGCCCCCUGGGGCUCGGGGCCCUCCUGGUGACACUGGAAAAGAUGGCCCCAGGGGAGCACCAGGCCCAGCGGGUCCCAAAGGAGAGACUGGACAAGAUGGUGAGAUGGGCCCAAAGGGACCCCCAGGGCCCAAGGGUGAGCCCAGCAUUCCUGGAAAGAAGGGAAAUGAUGGCAUGCCAAGCCAGCCAGGGUUCCCUGGACCUCCAGGGCCCAAGGGCGAGCCAGGGAGCAUGGGGCCUCAAGGAGAGAACGGUGUGGAUGGUGCCCCAGGCCCCAAGGGGGAGCCUGGCCUGCGAGGAGUCAAUGGAGCUGCAGGACUGAGGGGUCCCCAAGGCCUCAAGGGUGAGCAAGGAGACACAGUGGUGAUUGACUACGAUGGCAGGAUCUUGGAUGCCCUUAAGGGUCCUCCUGGCCCACCAGGGCCCCCAGGGCCACCAGGAAUCCCCGGAGCCAAGGGUGAGCUUGGAUUGCCUGGUGCUCCAGGAACCAAUGGAGAGAAGGGCCCCAAAGGACCAAAAGGAGACCCAGGAGAGACUGGGCCAACUGGACCCAAAGGGGAAACAGGCAAAAUGGGCCUGUCUGGCCUCCCAGGUGCCCACGGCCCCAAGGGGGAGAAGGGAGAGCCAGCAUCUGACAACCUACCAGAGAGCCUGGCCCAGAUCAUAGUGGAGCCAGGGCCCCCCGGCCCCCCUGGUCCCCCAGGUCCCAUGGGCCUUCAGGGAAUCCAGGGUCCCAAGGGCUUGGAUGGAGCAAAGGGAGAGAAGGGAGAGUCAGGGGAGAGAGGCCCCAGCGGCCUGCCUGGGCCAGCUGGCCCACUAGGCCUUAUUGGGCUGCCAGGAACCAAAGGAGAAAAGGGCAGACCCGGGGAACCAGGACUAGAUGGUUUCCCUGGACCCCGAGGAGAGAAAGGCGACCAGAGCGAGCGUGGAGAGAAGGGGGAGCGAGGCAUCCCUGGCCGGAAAGGAGUGAAGGGCCAGAAGGGCGAGCCAGGACCACCAGGCCUGGACCAGCCAUGCCCUGUGGGUACUGACGGGCUGCCCGUGCCUGGCUGCUGGCAUAAGUGAUCCUCAGUACCCAGCCACAACCUAUAGAGACCUGUGUGGACAUUUUUAAUUCUUGUAAAAACAAAACAGUAAUAUAUUGACCU